AUGUCCACUGUGACGGCUGCAGAUGUAGAUCAAAUUUCAAAAAUCCAUGAUGAUUUACCUCUAGGAACGAAAACUUGGAAAGAUUCUGGGGCAGCACGUUCUCAUGCACAUAAAAUUAAUGAUGCUGUUAACACUGAAGACAAUAUCAUUUCAUCUAGUAGUACUAAAUCUGAUCAAGAGGCUACAAUGAUUGGACGUGCAGCAGCUUUAAGACUAUCAUUGGACCAACGAAGACGAGCUAUUGAAGUAUCCAGACAACGUGAACGUCUAGCUAGCACCAAAGCUGCUGCUGAAAGAAAUAAUGCAGCAUUUGUUAAACUUCUUCAAAAACAGUUCCAUCAGCGUCAAAGUAUUUCAAGUGGACAGUCUCAACUAUCGAAUGGUGGUACAGUAUCGGAGAAUGAAAAUUCAUCUAGUUCUUUGCCUAUCAAAUUAAAAGAAUCAGAAAAAUACAAUUUUAGUUGCAUUGAUUCAGAAGGUGCUCAUUUCACAACGGAUAAAGAUGAAAUGACAGUAUCUGGUUCUAAUGUUGAACAUGCUACAGACUUAGAUGAAGAUUUCUCAAUGAAUUCUUCAUCCACAAUGCCAAAUAUUAGUGAGCCUUUACACGAUUCUACUGUAUUAAUGGAAACCAGUGAUACGAUUGGAUUGGUUGACAAUACCACUAACAUAUUCGCAAAUGAUUCAAAAACAUCAAUCCCUCCUUGUUCUAAAUCUCCACAGAUAUAUCACGAUAGAACUCAGUCGAAUGAUCAUUCUGAUCUGACUGUCGAACCUACUACUGCUCAUAUAAACAAUCAUUGUGAUCCACCUUAUCAGGGAUUCGACCAAAAUACAUCUGUAACAAAUCGGCGAUCGGAUAGUGGAGAAUCAAACUAUGCUACAUCUAAUCAUAAACGUGAUUCUAAAAGACCAAAGUCUAGAUUUAGUGAAAGAGAGUCUACUCCUCAACCUGAGUUAUUUACAGAAGUUAAUUAUCACUAUGCUCCUCCUCAAUAUUCUCAAACUCAUAAAGGGUCGAGACAGCGAGGUUAUGCAGAUAAAACGUAUCCAGGAUUUCUGGCAUCAUCAACAAGUGAUUACAAUGAACAUCGUCUUGUUUUAGUUGAUUCAUUUCAUGGUGUUCAGUCUCCUUUUAGACAUCGCCAUACCAACCAUAAAAACUAUCCUUAUGAUAUUCCUUCACAAAGUCCUGUUGAUGAGCGACCACUUCCCCACAAACAUAUAUCUCAACGGUAUCAUCGCUCUCAUAAUGUCCCGAAUCAAAUGAUGCUCAGCAGCAGUUAUCGUGAAUGUAGCUCAAAUGAAGCAAGUUCAGAAACGGAUGAUGAUGACGAAGAUGAUUACUCCAUCCGAACAUAUGAUGAUCAUUCUUACCCAUAUUUCAAUCGAAUGUCUUAUUCUGGUCGAUUCUCUCAUCGAUCAUUAUCUAGAUUGCCGAAAUCCCAUUCAAAAAACAGAUAUAGAUCGAAUGGUCGUAAAUCAUCAGAAUAUGGAUAUGAAUUAGGUGAAUCAGAGAGUAGAACUCAUUCUCCAGCUCCUUCUUACGCUUCAUCUCGCGGAGUAGUCAGUUCACGUGGACAUAAAGUUGAUAUAAAUUCAAUAGUUGGUGGAAAUAAUCGCCCAUCUGUUACAUCUGUUGUUGAUAACGUUACAUUAGAUCAAAUUAAUCGGAAUAUGUCUGAUUUACGUUCGGAUUUUGAACGUCUUUCUAUGCAACAACAAGUGCUGUUAGCUUCAUCAUCUGCGACAACAGCAGCUGCUUUAAUGGCAAGUAGUUUUCAACAGCAACACCAACAAUAUCAACCACAACAAUCAUCAACACCACUGACAAUAAGUCAAUUAUCUCAUACACAAGCAUUAUCCACAUCCAUAUCUAAUAUAUCUACAACACGUGCUACAUGGAGUGAUAGACCUAUUGUUCGUGAUUUAAUUGUACAACAUAAUGUUCAUUCAUCAACAGAUAAUAAUCAUUCAGUAACAGUAGAUGAUUUUGUUGAACAUAAUCAAAUUAAUACAGAUGAACCAGUUGUUAUUAAAGCUGACAGUCAUAAUAUGGUCGCUUUCAAUGAACCUUCCUACAGUGGUAAACCUCAAGAGUGUUCAGUGUCUGCUAAUAAUGUUGCCGACUUAUCGAACUCAUCAACUGCACCAUUAAAUCCUUCACCUGUAGAAAAUAGUCAGAAACAUAUGAAGUCUCCUGUAGUCAAAGCCCCAAAUGUCAGUCCAGAAGGAAAACUUUUCUUUAUUGGCUUCGAAGAACCAGAUCCAGAGCGAAUGCAGCGUACCAAGGAUAGAUUAGAAGCUCGUCGAGCUACAGAGAGAGCUAUGGUUGCUGAACAACUGGAAGCAUUACGUACUACUGGCCGUAAAGAGAAAGAAGCAGCUGACCGUGCACAAUUUGAACGGAAACUAAAUGAGAAAGAAAGACGUGAAGCUGUACUACAAGCACAUUUAUCCAAGAAAGAAGCUGCUUUAUCACCAAGUUGUCGCACUACUAAUAAUAGUAAUAAUCCAUACCCUGUAAGGUCUGGUUCAUCAACACUUUCUAAAUCUGAAGCUAAUUUAUCUUCAACUGUUCCUAAACAUAGUUCAACUAAACGAUUAUCCGCUACUCCUAAACGUGACAGAAAUGGAUUAGUCGCUGCUUCAUUGGACAAUUUUCCAUCAUCAAAACCUAAUUCUCGUUUGAAUUCUGCUAAAUCUAAACCACAUCCAUCGGCCAUUACACGUGGUAGUGGUGAUGGUGAAGCUGUGGAACCAAAUACUGAACCUGACUGUGAUAGCUCUUCUUUCCGUGAGACAAAAGCUCGUGUAACUCAUAAUCGUCCUGUCAAUGGUAGGUCUGUUGUUAAUAAUCUGGCUGGUCGUAAUCCACUUCCUUCUGGAAUUAGUUUGUCAUCAUUACAUCGACUUGGCGCUUUAGAAUCUCCAUCUAGUGGUCCUGGUGUACCCGUUCAAUGUUUAAAUCAGCCACGUUUAUUUGUGAAACCCAAAGCGAAGUCCAAUCGAACUGUAGUAGUUAAUGCAAUUAGUCACUGUUGUUUAGCUGGAACUGUCAAUGAACCUACCAAACAGCUUGCUCUUAAAGAGUUGGCUGCCACUGAAGGUACACAUUUUAUGAUAUUGUUUCGUGAUUCUCGAUGUCAGUAUCGAGCUGUGUAUUCCUUCGAUUUAGAAUCAGAAGAAUUAAAAAUUAUUUGUGGCAAUGGGCCAAGACGAAUUACACACGAAAUGGUCAAUCGAUUUUUUAAAUAUAAUAGUGGUUCAAAACAAUUCACUGAAAUCACUUCUACAAAACACUUAAGUCCUGUUGUAGACGCUAUAACAAUUCAUGAUGCUCUAUGGAGUAAAUCAUCCGGUGGCGGUACACAUACAAUUUUAUCAAGUCAUUGUACCUGAAUGAAUGCUCAUAGUCUGAUAUUAAUUUUCCUUAUAAACAAUAAGAGAUAAAGAGCGAUAACGUGUAUGUUUAUGUGUGUGUAUGUGUGAUAACUUUAUAUUUCUCAUUAUUCAAUUAUUUCCCAUAAAAUUAAUUUUGGUUCUGGCACUUACUGUAAUUCAUACUGAAAUGUUUACUUGUUUAUGCGUGCGCGUGUGUGUGUAUGUGUGUUCAUUACUUUGUCUAUAAUGUAUUCUGACGAUAGAAAAAUUAAAAAGAAACUAAAACAUGGACUAGGAAUACUUGUCAAAUUUUAUGUUCAAUUUUUAUCAGAUAAAUAUUUUUUUUCCUUCUAUUAUUUCCUAUUGAUUAUUACAUAUA